AACUAUUCGAGGUGAAAAAUGGUUUGGCAACAAUGUUUGGAUUUGGAAACUGAAAUAGAAGUAGAAAUAAAAAGUCAAAAAAGGGUCCAAACAUUUUUUAAAUAAUUGUUUUUAUUACAAGAGCAAUAUUUGAAUUGCAAUUAUGAAAUUCUGAAUUUUACAAGAACUUUUAAAAGGUAAAAUGUUUCAAUCUACAAAAAAUAUUGGUUACGCAAGUGUUAUAAUUUGUAAUAUUUGUAAAAGGACCUAUGCAAACAAAAAUGUUAGGGUAAGAUUUGCUCCUAGCCCUACAGGAUUCCUUCACCUUGGCGGUCUUAGAACGGCACUUUAUAAUCUACUUUUUGCUAGAAAGCACAAUGGUAAAUUUAUUUUACGAAUUGAAGAUACUGACCAAAUAAGACUUGUAGAAGGAGCCACACAGCAAUUACAAGAUGAUUUACAAUGGUCUGGAAUAGAAAUUGAUGAAGGGCCAUCACAAGGGGGCGAUUUUGGACCAUAUUUCCAGUCUCAAAGAUUAAAAAUUUAUAAAGAACAAAUUCAAAUUUUAUUAGACAAUGGUUUAGGUUAUCGUUGUUUUUGUACAGAUAGGCGUCUAAAUCUUUUAAGAAAAGAAGCUAUAAGAAAGCAAGAAAUUCCUAAAUACGACAACAGAUGUCGGCAUUUAAGUUCAGAGGAAAUAAAGAAAAAUUUGGACGAAGAAAAGCCAUCUUGUAUUAGGUUCAAAAUAAGCGAUAAAGAUGAAAGCUUUGAUGACUUAAUUUAUGGUAAAAUUACUUCAAAUGUUUCUUUAAGUGAAGGGGAUCCUGUGAUAUUAAAAACUGAUGGUUAUCCAACUUAUCAUUUUGCAAAUGUAGUAGAUGAUCAUAUGAUGGAUAUUUCACAUGUUUUAAGAGGUGUUGAAUGGCAGAUAUCUACUACCAAACACAUACUUCUUUAUAAGGCAUUUAAUUGGACACCUCCUAUAUUUGGGCAUUUGCCCCUUCUCAUGAAUUCCGAUGGGACAAAGUUAAGUAAAAGGCAAGGUGACAUUAGAAUAAAUUAUUAUAAAGAAACUGGUAUAUUUCCUCAAGCAUUAAUAAACUUCAUAGUACAUUCAGGAGGUGGCUUUACCAAAGAUUUACAGAAACAUUUGAAACCAAAAUGUUACAGUAUGGACGAGUUAGUUGAACAGUUUGAUAUAUCUAGGAUAAAUUCGCAUUCGGGCAAAAUUAUGGACGAAAGGUUAUUUGAAUUUAAUAAGCUGGAAUUAGAAAGAAAGAUUAAUAAUGAAAUAGAUUUAAAUCUGCUCGUUAAUGAAGUUAAAGAAAUUUUAAAAAACAAUUUUCCUCAAAGAAUAAAAAACAACAGUCUUCAAUAUGAUGAUGCAUAUAUAAGAAACAUCUUAGAGUGGUCUGUUCCUAGAAUUAAUAAAUUAUCAGAUUUAGUAUCGUCAAAUUUGGAAUUCGUAUGGUUUUUACCCACGGAUACUGACAUUAAUGAUAGCGAAAUGGAAACUGUCAGACGCUUAAAAGAACGCUUAGAAAGUGUAACCGAUUUAACUAAGGAAGGGGUAAAUACGAUGCUGAAGGAAUUUUGUAAAGAAAAUGGUGUUAAAUUUGGUAGCUUUAUGAAAAUGCUGAGAUAUGUGCUAAGUGGACUACAGGAGGGACCAAGCAUAGCAGAAAUGAUGGAAAUUUUAGGCAAGAAAAACACAAUGGAUAGGUUGGAAAUGUGUAUUAAUAAAACUAAACCGUGAGGUAAAUAUAUAUAUUUUAUUUGUGAAGGUAUACACAUUCGUCAAAAUGAAAUAGACAACAUUUGUAAAAAGUACAACUUAUUAAAAAAAGGUUUUCAAAAUUCCUUGAGUGCUUUCGCUGUACCUAAUAACCUACUUUCUUCCAUUCAUGUUCUGUUUGUUUCAUCAUGGUAGAUACAAAUAUAUAAUAUCAGAAGGUUUGGCCAAGAUUGUAUUUUAUCGGUGGAACAAUAAUAUUGAAUAGUUUUUCAAUAUUACAAAAAUACAAUCUGGAAUAGCUAAUAAAAACUAACUGAAUCGAUUAAAUAGAAAAGUUUUGUAUACAUAUAAAUGGUUGUAUUAAAUAUCAUUUAUGUGGCUCUAAACAGAAAAUGUUAAAGUUGACAUUUCGCAAAUUCCUUCGCUGCAACUAAAAUUGAGGCAAGACUGGCAAGACCUUUUAAACGCAACAUAAAUUACUGGCUGUAUUACACUUGUUCGCCAAAAUAUAUACUACGUAAAAUGCCAUUUAAUAAUUAUGAAACAUACAUCAUUGAUAAUUUUUGGAUUCUCUCAUAUUCCAGUGAGUUCAUUUAUGUAACGUAACACAAAACAUAUUAAAUGCAUGAAAUUUAUACCCUAGUAAUUUUUAAAGCGAUUGGUAGCGGUCAUUUCAAUAAUUUUUACCCCGGAAUUGCAGCUGUAACGCAAUACAUUUUCACCCCGUCCCUAUUUUCUGCAAUUGCAAGAAAAAUUGCAACAGCUGGUUAGACAUGCAAUAUGAAUUGUCGCAACUGUAACGUGGCUUUAA